AUGGCUGCGGUUCUCUCGGAGACAGAGGAGCACACCCCGCUGUUCUUCUAUUUGCUACUGGCAACAGGAAUGGCAUUCUGCACCCGCGCAAUGCCAACCCCCUUCCUGCCGCUGGUCAUGACGACAGACUUCCACCAGGGUGCUUCCUGCGUCGGCCUGGCCAUGUCCGUGUAUCCUCUUGGCGCUUUCCUUGCCACGCCACUGGCUGCUGUGCAGGCUCAGCGAACAUGCCGAAUUCUUCGGCUGCAUUCGUUUACCCUCAUCUUCAUGUCGAUGACCUCCAUGCUGAUGGCACUUUCACCUCAAGUCCACAGACUAGCAGGACCUGAGGCGGUUUUCCUGGUCAUGACCUUCUUUCGCUUUGCUCAAGGCGUGAGCCAAGCGUACUACAUGGCCGCCAACACCACCCUCAUCUCGCGGCGAUUCACAGAAGUGGCCUACACCGUGGGCAUGGUGGAGGUUGCGGUGGGCUCUGGAGCACAGCUUGGACGCAUUGGCGGCGGCAGCCUAUUUGGCCUUGCCGGCUUUGCUUGCCCCUUCGCCGCUUGCUCACUGGGCCUGCUCACCUGCGCCGUCAUCGGCUUCGGCUUCGAGGACGAACCCUGCGAUCACGUGGAGAGCGAUGAGUCGGAGAGCGCCAUCAGCUGGAAGACCUUCUGUACCAGCCGUAUCUUUGUGCCAGUGGCAGGGGUCUUCGCCGCCUACAUGGUGACAGGUCUCUUAGAUGCCACGCUGCCCCAGCACCUGGAGCUCCAUUUGGGCCUCUCCGUGUUUGAGAUCAGCUGCUUCAGCUCCUUGCGCAGCCUCGUCUACUUGAUGGUGUCCUGGACCUGUGCGCAGAUGCUGCGGGGCACGGCGUCCUUGGAGCUGAUGCUUUGCGUGGGCUUCGUGCUGGCAACUCUCGGCUUGAUGCUUGCAGCGCCGCAAAGUUGGGUCACAGACGCGGAAGAAUAUGCGCUGGGCACGCGACCGCGAGCUCUGGCAUGGGGCGAUCAGCUGGCGUCUCUCAUCAUGACUUCCGCUGGCAACGCCCUGCUGUUUGUCCCUGGCUUGCCACUGAUGCAGAACGAAGUUCGACACCUAGGAGCCGGUGCUGCAGAGAAGGUGUCCUCACUGCUGAUGGCGGCCAUGUCCGGCGGUGAGUUCUUUGGGCCCAUAGUAGGAGGCGUCCUGGUGCAGCACCUGGACUUUGGCGGCGCCACGGCCAUCUUCGCGGUCCUGCUGCUGCCCUUUGUCGGCCUCAGCUACGUCGCCCACAAAUCCGUCUUUUGGGCAAGGCCCUCCCUCAGCCAACUCGAAGGCUUACUCACCAGGCAAGUAUCAUUUGCAGAGGAGUCCCAAGACCUUGCGACGAACUUGUCAAUACCCAUGGACCCGGAGAGUGCAUACAGGUUCCGCCGAUUGGCCUUCCUGGGCACCGAAAUGCACAGUCGAAUUCACAGUGUCCCGACACAACGUCGUGCCUUCAUAUCCUGCAAAGAUGGCUCCGCCACGGCGCCGUCGACCUUCCGAAGGAACUUUGAGGCUGGCAAGGCAAGUCCCGGCGAGAGCGCGCGCUUGAGCACGCGCCUUCCGGGCCAAAUGCCAGGUGACGUGCGGAGCCAGGCUCACGCCUUGGCCGGGAAUUUGCAAGGCCGAGCUGCGCAUUGGACUGGGGAGGAGCGAGGCUUGACAAUUCCGCGGAUCACGGGUGAGCUCGCCACUGCUGCUGCCGCCUUACAGCUGAACCAGGCGAGCGAGGCAGAGGCAGCCUUCCAGUAUACCCGGACGCAGCGGGGGGAGGUGGACUCGGCUCGGCUGCUGCUGGUCUUUGGCCUUGUGCCUGCGGCCAGGCACUUGGACCCUGGCACUCUGCAUCUCUUCGAGCAAGACCGCAACGGCUCCGAGAAGGGCAGCGUGAUGCCGCAAUCCGCAAAGCUCCGCUAUCCGGAUGGCUCUACGCCUUUGCACAUGGCAGCAACGUUCGGGCUGACGGACUCCCUGCGCAGCUUGCUGCUGGCAGGCGCAGACCUGCAGGCCACCGCAACGUCAGGCGUGCAGGCGAUCCAUGCGGCUGCCAUUGCGGGCCAUGCGGAGAUCGUGCGGGUGUUGGUAGAGCACAAGGCCAACAUUGAUGCACGGCAUAGCUUCGCACAAAACACCCCGCUGCAUUUCGCCGCCGAGAUGGGCCACGUCCAGGUGGUACGCAUGCUGUGCCAGCUCGGAGCAGAUGUGGAAGCCGAGAAGUCGCAAGGAGGCAGCGCGUUGCAUACUGCCGCGGACACAGACAAUGCUGAAGUGGCACGGGUGCUCCUGGAAUCCUGUGGUGCCGACCCUGAAGCUUUGCUGCUGGGAGAUACCGUGCCACUGUAUUUGGCUGCAGGGCGCGGAUUUCCUGCGGUGCUCGAUGUGCUCAUGGCUGCUGGGGCGGACCCUGACAGAACUCUGCGGUCGCGGAAGAAGAUCGGCGUGGGGAAGGUGCCGGAAGGUGCCCUCCCCGGCAGCAGCCCCCAGGCGCCCGGCUGGGAGGAGAGCAACGGGGCCACGGCCCUGCACAACGCCUGCGAAAACGGGCACUUGGCGGCUGUCACUUCUCUUCUGGAAGCUGGAGCACGGCAGCUGGCCACCAUGCAAGGGGUCACGCCGCUCAUCACGGCGCUGCAGUACAGACAUCCCCACGUCGCCGUAGCGUUGCUGGAUGCCAGGACUCCUGCCAAUGUGGGAGUGGUGUCCCCUUUGGACGGGCAAUCUGCUCUUCAUAUCGCAGCUGCAUACAGCUAUGCCUCGAUAGUGGCAAGAAUUGUUCUCCAAGGAGCUGCCACUGAUUUGCGGGAUCGUGCAGGUAACACCCCACUGGACUACGCACGCGGGGAAGUCCGCUGGCUUCUGCAUCGAUUCUAUGGGAGAGAUCCGCGGUUGGAUACCAUUGUACGUUCAGAGCUGCAGAACACAAAGAAAGCCCUGUCGCAAAUCUAUGAUGCAGAGGUGGAUGAUGCCAAGAAGAAAGUGUACUUGCGGCACCUGGCCCUCGCCGAGGACACCGGCCAACUGGCAGCCGAAGUGGCCCGGCUGGCCAAGCGGGCCAAGGAGAGCGACGUGCAGCACUUCAAUGUCGCUCGAUUUCUCCUGGCCGGCAGCGACCUCCCCAUUGCCCUGGAGGCCAUGCUUCAGAGGACGGAGAUGUCGAUGACCGUGGGCCUGGUGCUGCUGGGUCUUAGGCCCAAAGAGGUGGUCUACAAACCCAAAAGCCAGGUGCUCCAAGUGGAUGGGAAACACUUAUUCUUCAGAGUGGAGCUGCUGCUGAAGACAGCCACGGAAGAGGAUGCCGAUGCAGCCUCCGUCCAAGAGCUAGCGCAAGCGAUUCUCGAGUUCGAUGAGUUGGAUUCGCCUCAUUUGGAGCUUUAA